UAUGAUUUUAGUUCAAACACGAACCCCACCCUGAAAAGAUUUUUCAAAUAUCACUUGUCCGUUAUUUUAAAGUGAAAGAUAUACAGAUCUGAAAGGCCCUGCAAAAUAUCCCCUGCAUAACUCAGCACAAAUAGUAGACACGGAAUUUUUUGCUGGUGAUCACCCGAAACAGUGCCAUUUUUAGACGUUUACUGCUGACGUUUACAGAGGCUUCAAACAGCUUCCGUUUACACUGGUAGUGAUUGGACUGUCCUGCACUUACCCCGUGAGCUAACAUAUUGGGUGAACAAGUCCGACAAUCUACACUUCAAUGGAGGAACAGCCCAAAGAUCGGGCACAAGAAAGGCAAUAUCACCACCACGGAGAAGACAAACACUCUAUUCAACAUACAACUUGUCUAAAACAUGAUCAGAGCCACUUCCAGCGCCAGCAUCAGGAAACGCAGACGAAGAAAACAGGUUGGGCCAUCCGGAAAAGCAAUAAAAAAGUAAACAUCAGUGAGGAGGAGGUUGAGAAGAAUCCACAUCUAUCUGAUACUGUUGGUAUGUCGCAUCCCCCCAACAGCAAUGGUAACCGACACACAAGUAAUGCAAAUGUAAAGCAGAAGUCCACACAAAAGCUUUACACGACUGUUCAAAAAGUGAGCAGCAAAGGCUUGGACCAUAAGAAAAAUAUGGACCUUAAACAUGACAAGGAAAAGACUCUGGAUUUAAAUUAUCAUGAGGGCCCACUUUUGGAUAAGAAAGACUCAAUGUUGCUUCAAAAUGGUGUUGUAAACUGUGGCUUAAUUACAAAUGGCUAUUCUAGCAAGGACAAUGAUGGCAGCGGCUCCGAAGGUGGAUAUACUACUCCGAAGAAACGCAAGGCCAGAUGCAACAACGGCAAGAACACCGAUUAUGUGAUAAGAGAAAAGGAGAAAGACAUGCAGCAGGGAAACACUACACAAGACCAUGGUGCUUUUAUUCUUGACACAACUGAGAAGGGAGUGACUUCUAGACUUGAUGGCGUUAGAGUUGCCCAUAAAGUAGAUGCUCAGUCAGCGGCUAGACGGGCUGUUGCGUCAGAGGCUUCAAUGGGGAAAAACUCUGAUGGCAAAACAGUUGGCACAUUUGGUAAAAAGACUGAGGAAAGGCACAAAGCCAAGCUUUCCUCACCUUCAAAAGAAGACUCAUGGACUUUGUUCAAGCCCCCUCCUGUAUUUCCUGUGGACAAUAGCAGUGCAAAAAUUGUUCCCAAGAUCAGUUAUGCAAGUAAAGUAAAAGAGAACCUCAACAAAGUAGCUCAAGGUGGAGGAGAGACACUGCCGCCUCCUGUUAGACUGUCACAGGUCCCUAUGUCUGCUAUGAAAACUAUCACCUCAGCUAGCUUUACUAAUGGCCCUGUUUCUGGAAACGGAAACAACUGCGCAUCAGUGGGUACCUUCUUUGCUCCUGCUGCUAGUAGUAUUCAAACAGCCCCAUCUAUCCCAAGUGGCGAGAAUGUAGCAUCUCCUUUGGAAAGUAACUGUAGCUCUACAACCAGUCCUGUAGAUGAAGCAUAUGAGCUUAGAAAGUGUACUCUUUUAAUUUACCCUUUAAAUAUGCAACCUGUGCUCCCUAGUGCUCGUCACCUUGACCCCCCGGCUGCUCAGACAAAUCAGAAAGCCUUGGGAGAUAUCUUCCAGAAUCAGUGGGGGCUUUCUUUCAUCAAUGAACCCAACUUGGGACCAGAAGGAGUGGGUGGCCAGGUGCCUGCAGAGGACAAGUCUACUGUGGUCACACCUCAAAGCGAGUGUCAGGCUGUUGCAGCCAAGGCUGCCCAGCCCUGCUUUGAUGUAAGCCCAUCAUUCUUAGAGCCUGGCACUUUGGCUCAAGGCCCUGAGAAAAGGACUUGUGCCCCUUGCAAUGUGUCUAAUACAUGUUCUCCUGCUUGUUUGAUGAGUGAGGAGGAGAACAAGCUGCAACCAUGUGGCCAGGAAAAGACAAAAGUUGAGGCCAAGGGUACAGGUUCUGCUGUGUUGGCCCCCAGUAAAGACAACGGUGCUAAGCCUGGACAGGGCCAGCUAACCACUGUGCUGUUUGGCUCAUCUACACAACAGGCCCACUCUAAAGACAUUGGCAGAAGGUGUAGCUGGUCCUUUGAUAUUAAAGCUGCUGUCACUUAUCACACUAAAGAAAUGGAAUUCAUUUUCAACUUGCAAAAACAAGAUCCAAAAAGAGUAGUGGUUUAUGAUGAGACCAAGGAUGGACCUGAUCAGUGAGGUAGAUGGGCUACAGUACUUCUCUUCUGAGUGCUGCGAUGAUCUACCUUGGGAAUCAUAAAUCCUGUUGGACAGAUAAAGUGACAACUGUGAAAACAUUGAUAGUUUAGCAUGACAGAUAUUCCUUGGAAUCUCCGGUGGAAUAACCGACUUCUUUCGGGGGCAUCAGACAAACACGCACACACUCCGGAGGGACGUUAAAGCAGUUGAUCUGUGCCUCUCCAACACGAUAAAUGGAACUUUGGAGCUGUGGUAGUUGUU